AUGAGGAAGAACUUAGGUCCCGGUGUUGGUGGUUGGGCCAUUUCUUUAAAGGGAGUGAUGAACAUUGUCGUGCUUAUGGGAUUUGCAAUUUGUGGCCUGUACUGGUGGACGAAUAAUUCUGUUCCUCUUCCAGAAUGUAGUGUGAAGAAGAAGAAGAAGCCUAAAAUGAGAAUAAUGGAGAGCUUGAAACUCUUGGUGUCUUCAAGAUACAUAAGAGAUCUUGCCACUUUAGUGGUUUCUUAUGGAAUCAAUAUUAAUCUUGUUGAGGUUACAUGGAAGUCUAAGCUCAAAGCUCAGUUUCCUAGCCCCAACGAGUACUCUUCUUUCAUGGGUGACUUCUCGACUGCAACUGGAAUUGCCACGUUCAUAAUGAUGCUUCUAAGUUAA